AUGAAAUACCGGUCAUGCAGCCUUGCGGAUGCCUUCGAUACUGUGUGGAAGUACUUAAUUUUCCUAGCAGCUAGGCAGAAUCCGUUAGUGCAAGUAGCCUUCAUCCAUGCUUGAAAAAGUUUAUUGUUCAAUUAUAUUUCGUGGCGAAUCAAAACGAAGAAGAUUCGUUAUAUUUCGUCUUGUUCGUGUUGUAUCUUGUUCUUGAUUUAGUAGCACUGCGAAUUCUUCAUCUUUUAAAAACAUCCUUUUCUUCAAAACUUGACCACAGGCUCCGAUGUGGUACAUGGAUAGCGCCUCAUUUGAUGAAGCUACUGGUCACCUUCGAGGCAGCCUUAUUCCGUAACGUGGUGCGUAGUCUUCAACGUAGCCAGGAGAACAACGGCCACCCAGAGCCCGUUUAUGACUACAUUUUCAAGAACUACUUAAACCAUGUUAAUCUUCUGGAAACUCUAAAUAGGUUAUACCCCAACUCCUGUCCUAGGACGAUACCAUUUUUACCAGUCGUGUUACAAUUUUUAUAUAUCAGAAUUUCUUGGUGUUUAACUUUAAUCCUCUGUAUCAAUGUCAAUCAUAGCACGCAUUGAGCUUUUCAAAGAUUCGCUCAACAUUUAUUCUAAUGGAUGUAUCAGUCGACGCUGUCGCUGACGAAAUAUGUACAGCUCUGCAGAAGCUACAAAGACAUCGUGGACCCAAUCUUUGAGAGAGAAAAACAACUCCGCAACGCAUUUCUUGCUGAGGCUGAACAGCGCGCCUGUCCUCGGAGUUAAGGCCAUAGUCGCAGUCAUUGUUCUGAAGCUUGCCAUAGUAGAGAUAGUCAUAGUUAGUAGACGCGAUAUUAUGCUAAGUUUUUGGGUCACUCAGGGGAAAGCUAUACUUUUUCUGUAGGAUGUUGGAUUUAGAAGAAAUUGAAGCAACGGUAAAUACCAUCCAAUAAAUGGAUGGAUAUUAAAUAGGCGAAAGAGCGAUGGCAUUUUCAAGGACUGAGGAGAUUGAAACGACAACGAAUGGAAUCCUGGCAUUCCAAAUAAGUAGACUGCACGUCAGCAGCAUCACUACGCUCAACAACAUCACGAUCAUCGUUGGAAAAUUCUAACCCAAAGACGGUGUGGAUGCUUGA